GAAGGGCAGCAGGGAAGAGCGAAAAUUGGGACAGUUAUUUCAUCAUGUGGCGACUUCGGCAGCUGAAGAUAGUGGUGGUUGUGUUGUGUUGUGCAGUAGUAUUUGUUGUUCACGAGAUAAGUGACCACCUUGUUGGAAAGGACAUCAAGCACAUCGACAAGUCUCAAAGACACAGUUUAACUGGUGUUGUCAAGGGGACGAAGCAGAGCACGAUGCUGAUCAUUCUGACGUACAUGCGCAGUGGGUCUUCUUUCACCGGUGCUAUUGUCCAGAGGCACCCGGAUGUAUUCUAUGUGUUUGAGCCGCUUCAUGACGUGGAACGCCAGAACAGACUGGCGGGGGAAAAACAGGAUUACUUACAGAAACAGUUGUCAACCCUUGAGGGAUUUCUCACGUGCAACACGAGCAUGACGGAUGCGUCGACUCUUGCCCAGGCCCACAUGAAACACAGUCCCGACACAUACCCUUACUACAUCUGUUCUCGCGAUAAGCGGUAUGAAUCGAAGAUUGAAAAGUGCACCAUGCUACUGCAAAAUGCAUGUAAGAAGUCGCGAGUGUCCUCUGUGAAAGUCAUCAGGAUAGGAGUGAAAAACGUGACUCACCUAAUGAGUAAAUAUGACAACAUGAAAGUUUUGCAUUUGAUACGGGACCCAAGGGCGACCAUGUUGUCGCAGAAUAGUGUCGGGUACCUUCCAUGGGCUGACCUGGGUCCAUCCGCAAAACAGUUCUGCACAAGAGUUAAGCAGGACAUUGAAGACUCAAAGGAAAUGAAAAGAAGAUUUCCUGGACGUAUCGCCACGAUGCGUUACGAAGACUUGGCUGAAAGACCUCUCAUCAUGGCAAAAGAGAUAUUUGACUUUAUAGAUCUUGAACUUACAGACAAGAUAAAAAGUUACAUAAAAAAUAUCACUCAUAAGACAAAUGACGUCUGUGACGCUUUGUGCGUAAAACGAGACUCUAAGAAAAUAAUUUCAAAAUGGCGACUAGACUUGUCCUUCGCCAAAGUGUCCUUCAUUGACAAGAUAUGUCAGCCCGUGUGUGAUGUUAUGGGAUACCUGCCUGCUGUGAGUGAUGUCAGUCUCCGCAAUCUGUCUAUCCCACUGUAUAAUCAAAUUUCCAGUAAAGUUCAUAUAUAUUGACAUGGCAGUGUAAUCGUAAACAGACUGACACGUGCAUCUGAUCAUCAGU